AUGACAAAGAACUGUACACACUGGCCUCAUCUGCUUUCAGUGAGUAAAUUCACAGAGAAACAUGAAUGGAUAACAACAGAAGAUUAUAUUGAAACAGUGGAAAUAAGCAGUUUCAUAGAGGAAGCUUUGGGAGAUGUUGUUUAUUAUAGUCUGCCUGAAAUUGGGACAAAACUGAACAAACAAGAUGACUUUGGUGCUUUGGAAAGUGUGAAAGCUGAUAGCAAACUCUAUUCUCCUCUAUCAGAAGUAACUGAAAUUAAUGAAGCUCUUGCAGAAAGUCCAGGAUUUGUUAGCAAAUCUUGUCAUGAAGAUGGUUGGCUGACCAAGAUGACACUGAGUAACCCUGCAGAACCUGAUAAGCCAAUGAGUGAAGAAGCAUGUGAGAAAUACAUAAAAUCUAUCGAGGAGUGA